GUCGGCAAUAAGCUGCCCCGGCUACGAUUGAUUGCAUUUUUACAUCAUGCGAAGCCAUAAAACCCGGGAAUUCCUCUUCUUCCCUCUUAACACAUCCUCAACCCACACUCUCUCGACUAUCUGACUACGAACCUUCCUUUUGCACUCGCUCCAUAUCUCUCGUUCUCUCGCUUCUAUUCGCUCACUUUACUUUUGAUUUGCUGUCUCUUGCUCUACUAUUCCAAGACGAGCGAACAGCAACAUGGAAACCACUCUUUCAACAUUCCCCGCUGAUGAUAUGGAUCUUAUGAGUCCAUUCUAUCCUACCCUUAGUAACAUUGAUCAAGCCGACACAAAAAACAAUUUGUCAUUAUUCGCAUUCGAGGAUAUAGAAUCCGCUGCUAUCUUCAAGGCAUUUUGCAGCGAUACCCGCCAAGAACCAGGACUCGACACUGGACUUCAUCAUAACAGCAACGAUGCUGAAGAGCCUGCAACGGUUGCGCCACUUGAAACGCUGCUUGCGUUUGAUCAUAGCUCUUCUGACGGCAACACUUGCAGUCCAGUGACGACUGAUACAACCUUGAAGAAACAGUCUGCUGCCAUUUUAACUCCACCAACCCCUAUCGACAACUCGCCCAUUAUCCAGUCAGCUGCCAUCGCACCACCUGCACCAGCAUCAGUGGAUGUGAACAAACGAAACCAACAUCGAGAACCGCGUGCUCCAAGCACUCCAGUCCUGAUUGAUAUGGUAGCUCGACAGCUCCAUGAAGAAUGGAUCGACCUGAAUCAUUCUUCAAGCACAACCCUUCCGGAUCCUGCGCCGACUACUAUGAACUAUCAUCCGGUGGAAUAUCCACCUCAAGUUCAAAUGUGUCACCCAAUGCAUUACCUGGGACAUAGGCCAAACCAAUGCCCGAUGGAGUUCGGUCAAUUCUGUCCGCAUCUUAUGUUCUACCCACAUAUGGGGCGUCCCUUGCCCCUAACAUAUCCGGUUCCAUCCCCAGCUCCUCGACAAUCACCUGUAUCGAACAAACGAACAUUCGAUUUUGUUGAACCGGAGAUUCCCGAGAAUUUCGUUGCCAACCCGGAUAAUCAUGGUCGCUGGCAAUACGACAGGAACGGCAACCGGCACUACUUGAACGCGCCAAAGACGAAGAUUGCUCGUACAACGUGAUUUUUUUUUGAGGGGGGGAAACAGAGUACAAUUUCCUUGCUCCUUUGCUUCAUACGGUGUUCACGGAGCUCGUCAUUAAGAUUCUGUUCUUUCAUGUUACUUACUUCGGCUUGUUGUUUUUGUCUAGCCGCCUUCUUUGUAUUUCUAUCAUGGCCCGACAUACGCGGUUUUAUACUAAAUGAAUCCUGUUGAUUGUUUGUAAGAG